UUCUUGUCCUUCUCAAUCCCAGAUUCGAUUCGAAUAUCGCGGACAAAGACCAGGUCUUUGUCCCCCCGCUUCUUCUCUCUCCGGGGAAACCACUAUCAUCAGUGAAAAGUAGCGGGCUGCUCAGAGUCGAGUGCACCCGCGAUGGACGUACCCGAGGUCAAUGUACCCGCGGAGGUCACCGCAGAGCUGACCCAAAUCCUUUCAAACCUCGUGUUGGGGGACAAUGACAUUCGAAGUAGCGCAGAGAAGGCCGUCAAUGAGAGGCUGGAGCACAUGCCGGAGCAGUACCUGCUUGCGCUGGCGCAGUUCGCAGUCGGCGCAGACAGCGAAGUCAUGCGCUCCUUCUCCCUCGUCCUCCUCCGCCGCUUCCUCUUCAAGCGCCAGUACUCGACCAAGCACAACCGGCUCACGCUCUACGACCAUCUCUCCAACCAGACGCUCACCACGCUCGAGCGCGCGCUGAUCCGCGCGCUCACCCAGGAGCCCGAUCGCGUCGUGCGCCGCAAGCUCGCGGACACCGUGUCCGACGUCGCGAACCAGGCGAUGCGCCGCGGCCGCCCGUGGCACGCGCUCCAGGCGCUCGCCUUCAGCAUGGCGGGCGAGGGCGGGGACGCAAAUGUCGCGCAGACGCCCGCGCAUCGUGAGAGCGCCUACACCAUCUUUGCCGGCUGCCCGAACCUCGUCCUCGACUUGCAGACAGACGCCGUGCUGCGUGUGUUCUUGCGAGGACUGCGCUACGAGGAGGAGGAGGCGGGUGCGGUCAGGCAAUCAGCCCUCGCCGCAUCCGUGGCGUACAUGUCGCACUGCGAGAGCGCGCAGCGUGCUCAAAGCCUCUCCCUCGUCCCUGCUAUGCUCGACGUCCUCCCCCGCCUUCUACAUUCCCCCUUCCCCGCCGCGGGCCCCAACGCAUCCUCUAGCAUCGACUACCUCACUCAAGCGUUAGAAACCCUGUCCCCCCUCGCCACCUCGUUCCCCUCUUUAUUCGCUCCGCACGUUCCCGCUCUUUUAUCGAUAAUGCCACAGCUCGUCUUGCCGCCCGUGGAAAGUGGUCCGACACCAACAGUGACGCAACCUUUCCAGCCAUUCGCGCAGAACCAAGUCCCGCGGUCGCCCAGUCAGUCUCCCACGCCUAACGGUGACGAUGAAGAUGCAGAGGAGAGGCGCAAACUACGCAGUGCAGCACUGGAAUUUAUGCUCUCUCUAACGGAGGCAAAACCGUCCAUGUUCAAGCCACCAGAGAAUAGCACUGUCGCUCCCUCGUCUGGAUACCAGCCUCAAAAUGACGCAUGGGUGGCUAUCCUAGUGCGAGCAUGUUUAGAGGGUAUGGCCGAGCUGUCGGAUGACGACACGGAGCACUGGCUCCAAGAGGACGUACGUACGGUCACGAUUGCUGCCCUUCCUCUCCUCCUGAGCAUUCGUCCUCAGCCCUCCCAAUCCUCAUCCGACGACGAUGACGUGCAAGUAUACGAGCAAUCGCUGGACCGCCUCGCAUGCGCCAUCGGCGGACGCGCGGUGCUCCCUGUGGCAUUUCAGCAAAUACCGUCUCUGCUUGCGUCGUACGACUGGCGUUCGCGGCACGCGGGGCUCGCAGCGAUCGCCGCUAUUGCAGAGGGCACGGGCGAGAUCAUGCAGAACGAACUAGGGCGCAUCGUGGGGCUCGUAACCCCGCUCUUCAGCGACGCCCAUCCGCGCGUUCGGCACGCCGCCUGCCAAUGCAUCGGCCAACUAUGUACGGACCUCGAGGAGAUCAUCCAGGAGCAACAUCCUCAGGAAUUGAUUGGUGCUCUCGUCCCCGCCUUGGAGGACGCGGAGCCGAGGGUGCACGCUCACGCCGCGGCCGCCCUCAUCAAUUUCUGCGAAGGUGUUGCCCGGGAUACCCUCGUGCCGUUCUUGGACCCGAUCGUGGAGCGGUUGCUGAGGCUGCUGAAGAAUAAUAACGUGAAGAGAUACGUGCACGAGCAGGCAAUCACUACACUAGCGAUGGUUGCAGAUGCUAGCGAGGGCGCUUUCGCCAAGUACUACUCGACGAUCAUGCCGCUUUUGCUACGUGUCCUGUCAGAGGUUCAUGGCCCAGAGUACAACACGCUGAAGGCAAAGACGAUGGAGUGCGCUGGUCUCAUCGCCAUUGCUGUGGGGCGCGAGACCUUUAUCCCCGACGCGCCCAACUUCUGCGAACAGCUGAUCAGGAUACAAAAGUCGCCUGAAGACAUGCGAGACCCGCAGAUAUCCCUUUACUUGACAUCAACGUGGGCAAAGGUAUGCCAAGCGAUGGGACCGGAUUUCGAGCCCUACCUUCCGGUCGUUAUGCCCCCCUUACUUGCCAAUGCGGGCUUGAAAGCGGAGGUUGCUGUUUAUGAUGAGGAAGAGACCGAGCGCGAAGGCUGGGAAACAAUCACCAUGGCAGGCGAAACCAUCGGUAUACGUACCUCGGAAGUUGAAGACAAGUGUCAGGCCUUGGAAAUGCUUGUCAUCUAUUGCAGUACCCUAGGGCCGAAGUUCGCUCCAUACAUGGCGCCGACGUUGGAAGUCUCGCUCCCAUGCCUCCGCUUCUACUUCCACGAUGGCGUGCGGGAAGCUUGCGCAAUGUUAAUACCAAUGCUCCUGGCUUGUGGGAAGAACAGCGGCACCCUCACCCCAGCGAUGGCCGGUGCAGCCCUUGCGCAGAUCAUCGGCUGCCUCGGAACGGAAGUCGAUCCCUCUUUCCUCGGCUCGCUGUACAAGUGCUGCGGCGAGUCGCUGGUCGUGAUCGCUGCCCAAGCCGGCUAUACGCCCGGGAGCGGCGGCGACCUCCGCGGUGCCAUCGGCGAUGAGAUGUACAACGCCGUGAUAGAGGCGACGAAGCGCCAGCUGCACGCGAUGGCCGAGCGUCGCCGGGGGCGGACUGCGCGCGCGCAGGCGAUGGCCGCGGAUGGGAGCAUGUUCGACGCGGACGAGCGGGACGACAUGGCGCUCAUGGAGGAGAUUGAGGAGUUCUGCCUGGAGGACAUGGCGAAGCUGCUCGCGAUGUUCGACAAGGAUCAUCCGCUGCUCGUCGCUGUAUCGAGCGUGAAGGAUCUGGGCUUUGGCGCGUGGACCGGGGACGAGGGUGAGGAGAUUGGCUAGCGAGGGGAGGAGUAGGCUUGCGAUACGUACUGAUACGAGGCUAGGCGGAUGACAAGGGUAGGUACUUACGACAGGAUCAUAGCAUAUGUAUACCGACAGUGUUCAUUCCUUUGGAGCGAA